AUGAUCGAGCAGCAGAAGCGGAAGGUCCCGGGCCCCGGGCCUGGCCCCGGCCCCGCGCCGGCGCCCCCCGGCCCCGCCGCCCCCGGAGCGGCCCCCGCGGCCGGCCCCGACCUCCCGCUUGUGCCCGUGCCCGCCAAGCGGCCCCGCCAUGACCUGCCGGGGGCGCCGGGCACGGGCGGCGCAGGGGGGCAGCCGGCGGCCGGGGCUCUGCUGCAGGCGGGCCCCCCGCGCUGCUCCUCGCUGCAGGCCCCCAUCAUGCUGCUCUCAGGACACGAGGGGGAGGUUUACUGCUGCAAGUUCCACCCCAAUGGCAACACCCUGGCCUCAGCUGGCUUCGACAGGCUCAUCUUGCUGUGGAACGUCUACGGGGACUGUGACAACUUUGCCACCCUGAAGGGACACAGCGGGGCUGUCAUGGAGCUGCACUACAACACGGAUGGCAGCAUGCUCUUCUCAGCAUCCACGGACAAAACCGUGGCUGUGUGGGACAGCGAGACGGGGGAGAGGGUCAAGAGGCUCAAGGGCCACACGUCCUUUGUCAACUCCUGCUACCCUGCCCGGAGGGGACCCCAGCUCGUCUGCACCGGCAGCGACGAUGGCACUGUCAAGCUGUGGGAUAUCAGGAAAAAAGCUGCUGUCCAGACAUUCCAGAACACCUACCAGGUCCUGGCUGUCACCUUCAAUGACACCAGUGACCAGAUCAUCUCUGGAGGCAUCGACAAUGACAUCAAGGUGUGGGACCUGCGGCAGAACAAGCUCACCUACUUUGUGUGUUUAUGUGUUCGUGGUUUACGUGUUUGUGCGCUCAGCUCUGAGGGCUCCUACCUGCUCUCCAACGCCAUGGACAACACAGUUCGGAUCUGGGACGUGAGGCCCUUCGCCCCCAAGGAGAGAUGUGUGAAGAUUUUCCAGGGAAAUGUCCAUAAUUUUGAGAAGAACCUUCUGAGGUGCUCCUGGUCCCCAGAUGGCAGCAAAAUUGCAGGGGGCUCUGCUGACAGGUUUGUGUACGUGUGGGACACCACCUCCAGGAGGAUCCUGUACAAGCUGCCUGGCCAUGCUGGCUCUGUCAAUGAGCUGGCCUUCCACCCCGAGGAACCCAUCAUUCUCUCUGCAUCCAGUGACAAAAGGCUCUACAUGGGGGAGAUCCAGUGAUGCCCCAGGAGCUGCUGGAUCUGUGCCUCGGUGCUGCCUUGGCAGGAGCUGGGUGCUUCCCCUCCCAGUGCAGCAGGUGCCAGAGCUCGGUGUGACAGCCCCAGUGCAGGCUGUCCCCUCCCCACACCUCACUGGGCAGCUUUUUCCACCUCCCCUUUCUUUGGGAGGCAGGAAAACUUGGAAUUGAAAGGAAUUGCGUUUUGGCUGUGCCACUGACAGUGAAACCCUUCUGCAGAUCCCUUGAAAUUGAGAACUUUUGGUUCAGUUCCACACGUGGCCUGUAUAUCCCUGUCCUGUUUCCUUUGGAGGUUUUUUGAUACAGUUAAAACUGCAAUAAAUGGCUUUUUU